GCUUCCUGCCAGCUGAAUGCACUUCAUGCGCCCCUGCGCACAGACACACACUGCAGCAGGAAAUGGAGCUUGCUUUCUUUCCCUCUAUCUCCCUCCUUUCCUUUCCCUAAAUCCCCCUCCAUCCAACUCUUCCCUUCCAGACUUCUCAUCCUCGAGAAUCCGUGCCAUCUGCCGUGGCAUCAGCUUAUGUGAGCAGAGAGACUUUGUCACAAAAGGGAGAAUCUGCACACAGCAGACAGAAGAGGAGAGGCCCCUUCUGGACUUCCUUCUAGACUCAUGGAGGCAACUGUACGAGAGAAGACCCUGGCUGGGAAUGAUUCUCUUCCGCCACCACCUACUCUCAGCCCGGCCGUGCCACCGUAUGUGAAGCUGGGUCUAACGGUGGUAUACACCAUCUUCUACAUGCUGCUCUUUGCGUUUGUGUAUGUGCAGCUGUGGCUGGUACUGCGCUACAGACACAAGCGCUUCAGCUAUCAGACUGUGUUUCUUUUCCUCUGUCUGUUGUGGGCAGCUCUGCGUGCUCUGCUCUUCUCAUUUUAUUUCAGAGACUGUGUGACAGCAAACAUGCUUGGACCGUUCUCUUUCUGGCUGCUCUACUGUUUUCCAGUUUGUCUGCAGUUCUUCACUCUGAGUCUGAUGAAUCUUUACUUCGCACAGGUCAUUUUCAAGGCAAAGUCUAAAUAUUCACCAGAACUCCAAAAGUACAGGCUGCCCCUGUACCUGCUCUUCCUGUCCAUCAGUGUGCUCUUCCUGUUGGUGAACUUGACCUGCGCGCUGCUGGUUAAGAUGACAAAGACAAACACAGAGGCUAUAGUUCUGGUGCGAGUUGCCAUCAACGACACUCUGUUUGUCCUCUGCGCCAUCUCGCUGUCUUUGUGCCUCUAUAAAAUCGCCAAGAUGUCUUUAGCCAACAUCUACCUGGAGUCCAAGGGGACAUCUGUGUGUCAGGUGACUAUAAUUGGAGUGACUGUGAUCCUGCUGUACACUUCUCGUGCUUGCUACAAUCUAGUGGUGCUCGCACUGGCAAACAUCAAGAGCAUCAACUCAUUCGACUACGACUGGUACAAUGUGUCAGAUCAAGCUGAUUUGAAGUCGACUUUAGGGGAUGCUGGAUACGUUGUGUUUGGGGUGAUCCUGUUUGUUUGGGAGCUGCUGCCCACAUCACUGGUGGUCUUCUUCUUCAGAGUCCGUAAGCCAGCUCAGGACAGGAGUGCAUCAGGAAUCCCAGGACACAUGUUCUCAUCUCGAGCGUAUUUCUUUGAUAACCCACGGCGUUACGACAGUGAUGAUGACCUCGCAUGGAGUAUCAUACCACAGAACAUUCAAGCCAGUCUUGUGACAGACAGCUAUGACUGGAGCUGUCAGAAACACAGUUUUGCUGCUGACGUUGGAGGUGAAGAAUCCCAUCUUGCGCCAGAGGAAUUAAAUCCGUACUGAAACAUUCCCGAUGAGGAGUCUGAGUAUUUUGCACAUUCCCAAUCUAUGACCACACUGUGCCGUCAGUCAUGGGAAAUAGUUUAUAUGAUGGACUUUUAUACCAAUAUCUAUUGAGGUAUCUUCAUUCUGAUACUUUAUUGCCAGUAGUGCUUUUCCCAAGCUAAUCUGAAUCAUUCUGUUUUACUGUGUUUCAACUGUCAAUAAUAUAUGGAAGACUAGUAAUUAAUACACUUUUCCGAUAAUGAUACUAACACUCUGCUCUGUAAUUGUAUUUUAUUUUUAGCUCUUCACUGCAAAAAAAUAAAAUUAAAAAAAUAAUAAUUAUUAAAGAGUAUUUUUGUCUUGUUUUCCAGUAAAAAUAUCUAAAAAUCCUUAAAACAAGAAAAAUGUAAUUAAGAUAAGAUAUUUAGUCUUACAAAAUUUUGUAUCUUGUUUUAAGAAUGUUUAGAUAUUUUUACUGGAAAAUACAACAAAAAUACUCUUGAUGAUUUGCAGUGUAAAAGAAAAAAAGAGCAUUUUCAUUUCAGUUCUGUUAAGCUUUAUAGAACUUUAUAGGCGAUCAAUCAUGUUGAUCAGAAUCAGAUGAAGGGAAGAAAAUGAUGAUUUGCCACUGUCCCAUGGAUCAUUUCUAUUUUUGUAAACAAAUAAGGCUGCAAUACAAUGCAUUAACUAAAUGCUAAUUUUAUAAUGAUUUUAAAAUGUAUUUAUUUUGAAAUGUUGAGACGUAAAGGAUGGGAGAUUGUCCAUUGUUUUUAUAAAUAUACUGUAUUUUUAGUGUUUGAUUGUACAGUUUGUAUCUUUAUUAGCCUUUGCACUCAUGUGGCGUUAAAAGACACUUUGUAAGACUUUGUUUUCUGCAUUAAAAAAAGAAAUACUCUGUAAAUAA